CUUGAGGUGGAAAUGUGAUUUUCUCACUUUGCAUUUUCAUAAAACAAUUAUUGUGAUUAUUAUGCUGAAUGUUAGUUGGUUAAACUGUGUGCCAGAUGCAAGGGCUACUUGUCGUUCCGUUCCUGGACUAUCAAAAGAUCAAUUAGAACUUUGUUAUAAAGCAAGUGAUGUUACAUUAACGGCAUUAGAAGGACUCGAGCUAGCAAUACGUGAGUGCCAGGUUCAAUUUCAGUGGCAUCGAUGGAAUUGCUCAUCUUUAAGUACGAAAAGCGGCAAUCCACAUUCAUCAAGUUUGUUAACAAAAGGUUAUCGGGAAAGUGCAUUUGCAUUUGCCAUAUCAGCUGCCGGUGUGGCACACAGCGUUGCCAGAGCUUGCAGUCAAGGACGUCUCAUGUCCUGUGGCUGUGAUCCAUCAGUCAAUAGGAAAACCCUCAACAAAAAUCUCCGUCAGAGUCUGGACAAAGAGAAGAAAAUGUUUCUUCAAUAUCUCGAGACCAAUCAAAUUCUCACACCUGAAGAGGAGAAAAAAUACGAACGUUCGAAAAUAGCCAGUCGAUGGAAAUGGGGCGGUUGUUCGCACAAUAUGGAUUUUGGCGUUGAAUUUUCGAAAUUAUUUCUCGAUUGUCGAGAAAAAGCCGGUGAUAUUCAAUCGAAAAUUAAUUUACAUAAUAAUCAUGCUGGAAGAAUGGCCGUUUCAAAUAAUAUGGAAUUCCGUUGCAAGUGCCAUGGUAUGUCUGGCAGCUGCCAGUUGAAGACGUGCUGGAAGUCAGCACCUGAUUUCCAUGUUGUUGGAAGAGUCCUCAAACAUCAAUUCCGUCGUGCCAUUUUAGUAGAUCAAUCGAAUUUAGGUAAUGGUGAACCAAUAGUCGUACUCAAGCGAUCACGUAAUAAAAAAUCCAAUAUGGGAACAUCGAAUGAGCGCAGUGAACGUCCAUCGCAGAGGAAAUUACAACAAGACAAAAGCACUGUAAGGUCCCUUCGUAAAUUAGAAACUGCGCUGUUUUACUAUCAGCGUUCGCCGAAUUUUUGUGAACGUGACCUUAGUGCUGAUAUUCAAGGAACGGUCGGGCGUAAGUGCAAUCGCAAUAGUACAACCAAUGAUGGCUGUACGUCACUCUGUUGCGGGCGAGGUUACAGUUUAGUUAAGGAAAAACGUUUGGAACGCUGCCAUUGUAAAUUCAACUGGUGCUGCAAUGUCGAAUGUGAAGAAUGUCAAAUUGAAGAAUGGAUAAGUGUUUGCAAUUAAUAGAAAAACAUGUCGUUGCAAUAGAAACAUCGAAUUUUAUACGUAAAUAAAAAUAAAGUUGAAACUCACACAAGCAAAAUAAAAAAAAAUAAAUUUAUCCUUCCGAAAUAUUUUUUAGAAACUUUCCAAAAAAAUUAAAUUAA